GUUCAGGUUACAAUAUCACCUUAUAUGUGAAAAUGUAUAAAUAGAUUCACUGUUUAGACUUGUGUAAUAAUAUAGAUAGAACAUAUUUGAGACCAAUACAUAUUCGUUUCGGUUUGACACCAAAGUCGGAUUCAUUGAAAACUAUAGUUAAGUGAAUUAUACCGCUUACUCUCUGGAAAGUUCCAACCAACAGACAGGUUAGAUUAUGACUCCUUGACAGGAUCACUGGCGUGAUCUAUUAUCGUAGCAUUUUAUAUAUUCUUUGGUUAUCGGAUUACGCAUAUGUGACGUUCAGCGUGAAGACAAAGAUUCUUGCGCUGUUAUUUCUGUAUAUCGGCCAGAUAGGAUUCCUUGUAUGUCAUUAAUCAACCCAUAUCAAGAAAGCAAAGGUGUACUCUACGUGUGAUUGGAUUGUGUUAUAGUUGUGCGCGAACGAAAUUCAUAUCUCCCUCAUCAUUUUCGCCAAUUUGAGGUGAUUUUGAAACAUCUUCCCGGUUCUUGACAAAGAGGUUUAACAUCGAUGAAGUGAAACGUGUCUUAAUGACAUCUGUGAAGCCACAUGUCGUCCGAGGUGAUAGAUCAGUUAUUAGCUCUUUAAUGAUGAGCCCUAUGUAAAUCUCGUACCAACUGAUAAAUCAAAUAGAGAAAUGCACUUCGUUUACGAUGAUUACGCUGUGUUACUUCCAACAACGUACCUGACAGUCGUAGACAAGGAUUGGAAGAGGUAGCGAUUGGCUCUUCACUGGUAUUCUUCGGACGGAGUAGUGGAGAUUGUUUUUGAUGCUCUCGUUCACUAGUUAUCACGUAUACAAGUCAAUUUAACUGACUAGUAUCCACUUUAACAUUGAGACAUAAACCUGUUUACCUUUCAAGUCUCCUCUCUGAUACAGUCUGAAAAACCAAUUUCUCGACAGAUGGCGCCGUCUACGUGCCGGUCGAUGUUUCACCUUUAUCAAAAGACAGAGGUAUCAAAAUCGUCAAAGUCAGCAUCGCGUACUACGACAGAAAGCGAGAAUAGUUUGAGUUACCUCUGGUUGGUCUUCACCAAUAUAAGGUUCUCGCUCGGUCCAGCACCUAUUAACAUCCCACAUGAUAACAAAAUCAAAUUGAGAGCAGUAAUUGAUAACUCCCAAAUCGACUUAUUUGUCCAAAAUCGUAUACACUUCGCUUUAAUGGUCUUUUUCCAACAUGGUCGUGUAUCUAUGCUUUGA